AUGCUGCAGAGACCAGCCUCUGGCGCAGAGCUUGCCGGAAGCCCGACUCCGAUAGCAAAUGCGGACUCAUCUAACGAUCCCCCGGACUUCGACGUCGCUGUGAACGACUCCGAUCAACCAAUCCAGUUAUCUGGAAGUACCCGAGGUUCUGUAUUUCCCCCCAAAUAUACGCAAAAUGCCAGCAGUUCUCGCGGAAAGUCCUACCAGCAGAGCCGAACGGCACAGCUUGCCGAUGCACGGAAUAUACAAGAGGCUUCUUCGUGGACGCGGGGCAUUCCUGAUAUGCAACAGGAAGCAAGUACCGACAUGCCCUCGUUCGUCAGACCAGUUAGACCGGGCGCCGAAAGUCCGGCGCCCAGCAGCUGGGUCUCACCACAUAGAAUACCCACUGCAACCCAGAAUUCUCCUGCAGCGAUGGGAACUCAACAUUAUCAAGGCCGGGAUCCGCGUGAGGGGCAACCACGUUUGGUUCAGACAUACCCCGCGAACUAUUCGCAUGUAAGGGAGGUGCAUCCAGCUCCGAUGCAGAUGCAGCACGAUGGCUAUGUGCAGACACAGCAGACACAGCAGACACGGCUUGCGCAGGCGCAGGAGACCUAUUAUCAUGCUGUGCCUACGGAUAGGCACACAUUGAGACAAGAUCAGACUGAUCAUUCGCGCAAUCCACGUUCGGUACAACAGCCGUUCUUCGACCAGCAACCUCCCAUCCAGCACCCGCCUGCGAAUCCCACACAGCGAUACCAGUAUUGA